CAACAGAUGAGCUUCACGAUCAUUUCUGGGCAGCUGCGGACGAGCCUCGGCACAGCUGCUGCUGUCGUGCCCGCAAAGAAGUGCUGUUUGACGGUGUGAUGUUCGCCAGGGUCCCGGCGCUUCCCUCCUCGCCCCGUAGACUACCGGCGUGCUAACGGUGUAUCCCCCCACCCUCCUCCAGAGCCCCCCUCGUGUGUUCCCGCUGUCAGUGGAGAGUUGGCGGCUCGCUAUGGACGAGCUGUGGCUGAUUCCGCUGCUGCUGGUGCCGCUGCUCAUGUGGACCAGCAGCACGUUUGUUUUCUGUUUCAAAAAGUGCUUCUACGUGGCCUGGAUGAAUGUCCUGGGGCUGGUCGCCAUCCCGCUGUGCAUUCUGAAGAGCGGCGGCAGAGACGUAGAGAACAUGAGGAUUAUCCGCGUCCUGGUUCGUCACGUGAAGUAUUUCCUGGGUCUGCGGUAUGAAGUGAGCGGUUUGGAGCAUCUGCAAACAGAGGGACCCUACGUCAUCAUCGCCAACCAUCAGAGUUCCCUGGAUGUAUUGGGCCUGAUGGAGAUUUUACCAGACCGCUGCACCAUGAUCGCCAAGAAAGAGUUGAUGUAUGUCGGCCCAGUGGGCUUCGUCUGCUGGCUGGGCGGCAUCGUCUUCAUCAACCGCAGGAGGACGAGCGAUGCCAGGAGUGUCAUGGCUGAGGCUGCCAGAACCAUGAUGGACGACCAGAUUCGUCUGUGGGUGUUCCCGGAAGGAACGCGAAAUCAGAAUGCCGACCUGCUGCCGUUUAAAAAAGGCGCUUUCCACCUGGCAGUGCAGGCACAAGCGCCCAUCAUACCCAUCGUUUUCUCCUCCUACAACAGCUUCUACCUACGGAAAGAAAAGCAGUUCAAAUCAGGGACCAUCAGAUUGCAGAUCCUUCCAAAGAUUGACACACAAGGAAUGACAACUGAUGACGUGGCGUCCCUCCUCGACAAAUCCUUCAACGCGAUGCGCCCGGUCUUCCUGGAAACCUGCAACUCUGCUCCCCAGAGCAACGGGCCCUCGAAGCACUGAACACCUACACCAGGUUCACACUGGACGCUGAAGCGCCGCGCAGCGCCAAGGAAUGCCAGGCGCCUCCUAUCCACCCCCCUGUUAAACCUUUGUGCGGUUCACACCGGACGCUGAAGCGCCGCGCCAAGGGUGCCUCGCGCCCUGCACCGGUAGUUGCGGCAUGUGUAUCGCCAGGAAACACAAAGAAAUUUUUGAUUGAUGACAUAUCUUAUUUGAUAUGAAUUAUCAAAUAUGCAUCCCAUACUUUGUAUUCCCCUUCUGUUGUCCUGGAGUUUUAAUUUUCCCAAUUUUCCCAAUCACAUAAUUAAAUGUCCCCCCUGCCCAUCCACUACAGCCACACAAGCAGUACAACAGUACUGCUUGUGUGGCUGUUGUACUGCCGGGGGACCUCUGCCCAUCCACUACAGCCACACAAGCAGUGAUAUAGAAAAAGAGAGAGAGGGGGGCUUUAAAGACCAUCAUUUACCCCCAAACCAGUACAUUGAACGGGUUACAUACAACAACAAGCGGAGAAAGCAGAAUCGCGGGCUGACCGGCGCUGAGAGAUGCGCGUCCGUUGUGAACAGCCAGGCGCCUGCGUGCUAGAGAUUAGCGCUGCGAGUCGCUUCAGCGUCCAGGGUGAACCCGGCGAUACCAUACUUCUGCCUCUCCUCCUCCCGUGUCCCUGUCUGAGACCCAUUCCUCCCCUCCUCCAGAGCUCCCUGCUCUCCCCCACCCCCAGGUUGUCCCAUUACCUGGCCAGGAAACAACAAGACACAGGUCGCUUGUCAUGAAAUGUCUUGUCUCGUAGAUGCCUGGUCCAGGCGGCGUCUGGCCUGGCCAUACAGCAGAGUCCGUCCCGACCCUCACUGUGUCUGCAGCCGCACGCCGUCACUGUCUGCAGCAGCACGCCGUGAGCGGAGUGACGGACGGACGAGCCGAACAGUAUGGAUGUGUGUCGUUCUUCAUGCAUGCCUUUCGGAUGGCUCUCUCCACCCUCUACCUUGCUUUUCUCUUGCUUCGGAUGCGAGGUCUUGUUUGACCGCCAUUUCACUUUCUUUGUCUUUUUUUCCCCCUCCGUCUUUUGGCUUUCUGUCGAGCAGAUGAACUUUGCAUUCUCUCUAUUUCUGGUCAUAAACGUCAGUGGCUAUUUAUGUGUUUCGCUCAUGCUGCAUUUGUUUUAGUUACCUUUGAAUGCUCGACACACAUUCAACAUACCCCUAUCUCCUUCCUUCCUUUUACUUUUAGUGUCUUCUCCCCCUUUCUGCAUUCCAGUUUCUUGCCUAAAGACUAAAGGAAGCGGGGUCUCUCCGAGCGUUGGAUUGCGUGGAGGUAAGAGGUCGACAACGUUUGACCAUGGACUCCUUUUAGUUCGGUCGCUAUAAAUUAAACUCCGCAUCCAUGUUGGCUCUUCAACUCUUAAGACCAAUAGCUCCAUGACAUACCUAAUGAUGUCAGCAGGCGAGGAAUUCAAGGUUACGAGAUCCAGUGCAAAAACAAUAGCACCCAUCUGUACUGGAUUAAUGGAGUGAUCCGUUUUCAGUGUUGUGCGUGGUUGAUGUACCAUUGUGCUUUCUUUCAGUGUGUCUCCAAAAGAUUAGAAAUGACGUGCGUGCAGCACCGAGCUCCAAAGUGUCUUCUGGCAGAAUUUUUUUUGUUUUAGUUUUUCUAUUUAUUUUCAUGUCGGCUAAUCAUUUUCAUUUUUUUGUUGGUUGUUGUUUUUCUUUCAAAGCAGUGAUCACAUGUUUUUUGCUCCUCGCAGGGAACUCACAAGUGAACCUAUUUAAGAAGUGUCAAAAAAAGGUGAUUUUCAUAAAGUGCAAUGUCCAACGGUUUCAACAUUACUGUUCCAAAGUGCAAGCCACCUGCUGUGCCAUGACAAAGUGGUUUCUGGGAGGAUUCCGAUGUAAUGACCCUUCUACUGACUGACCGGAAUCAGUCGUGUGUUGACUGAUGACCCUUUACCAAGAAGAUAUUUACCUUUUUACCAAUGAUAUGAUGUGGUUCUUGCUGUAAGUAAAGAGUAUAUGGAGUUAUUUAGAUCUCAAGAAUCCUUUUAACUUGGUCUGAACUUGAGGAUUAACUAAUUACUAACACCCCCAACAUCUCAGAAGAGUUUAAUUGCAUCAAAUGUAUUUUGUCAAAUGGAAAUGUGAAAUGUUUUUUACUAAUUAAUAUGACAGUUGUUUUGGUUGUGAUCCUCUUAUUUAGUAAUUACCUAACCUUAUAGAAAAUAUCAAUUAUAAAAAAAAAUUUAAAAAAGUUGUUGACAUUUUGGCCUUAAGUUUGAUUGGUGGUUAUUGUUGCACUUUGGAUUGUUCUGCUUGUUUGCUUAUAAUCGUUUAAAUCGUUUUUUUCAUAAUAUGUACUAAUGACUUCUGUCCUCAUAGAAGUGACAUAACUUUUUAUUAAAUUUUUUAAGUUUACAUCCAGGUCUUAAAUUUCACAUUUUUCACUGCCUUUACAAUGUUUGUAAAUUCCCUUAUUUUGCCAAUCAAACAACCUCUAAGAAUGUAUUUCAGCAUUCAGGAUACUUAUGUAUGAUUCUUUUUUUUUUUUUUAAAGUGGGGCGCUGUCUUUGGUACAGUUGGCGUUAAAUCGAGGAAAUGUUAUUAUUUGAGCAUUAAUUGUUAAAUCUGGACUGACUUGCUGAUGUACACACGGAUCAUCUUGUGAAUGGAUUUAAUCAAUACUCUGGUUUUAAGCCUGUACACUGCUGUUCAUCACUAGUUUUACUGAUACCUUCUGAGCUCCCAUUCGGACAGAGUUUUGUUUAUGUUCAAGGCUGGUAUGAAAUAUACACCCAACAAAAAUAAUUAUUAUAACAAAUCACUUUUCCCCCUAUAGUUUGAAUAUAUUUAUUGACUUUUUAUUAUCUGUAAUAGCAGAUUUGACCUUUGCAACAAGUGGUUUGAAUGUCUAAAAAGUACCAAAUUGGUUUCUUCCAAAAAAUAUGAAUUGUACCAUAUACAUUUUGCUUAUGGAGUGUUUUAUCCAUUAAUUUCAUUGUUCUUUUGUAAUUCAAACAUGUGAUUUGUGAGCUUUGUGUCAUGGGCUUGAACCAAACCGGCUCUGCAAUAACCCUGCAAUUUUUAAUUCAUUUUUUUUUUCCCGUUUACAAACUAAUAUGUAAGAUAUUGGAAGGGAAAAAGAUUCAAAGUAUUAUGAACCUUAAUAAAGCAUUUUUCAUGCUGAGUUUGGGUUGAAAAACAAAAAGAUGACAAAGUUUUUUUAUCUCUGUAUUUCACCAAAGCUAUUAAAGUGUAAUUGGCGGUAGCUUUAGAUGGAUUUGAGAAACUGAGCUGACAUGCUGCAGAGCCGUGAGUGUGUGUGUGUGUGGUCCCUUACUGUAUAUGUGUGUAAAUACACACACGGUAUAGACACUCAUAUUAUCGGGUUAACGUUGAUGAUGUAGUGUUCUUGAUUUUCAGCUCUUCUGGGUAGACGUGAAUGCCUUGCAAAAGAAUAAAUAAAGAUUUUUUUUUUUUUCUUAA